AUGUGGGGCGGGCCCACGGCGCCGGCAGAACCCGCGAGCCAAUCCUCAGAUGCCAUUCCUGAAGGCCAGAGCUACUCCACUCCGCAGAAGUAUGCACACACACGCUGGGAGCUGGAACGCUACCCGGGAAUAGCCAGAACUUCGCAAUCUCAAUGCUAUGCUAUGCUGGUGCGUUAUUUCGGCGCCGAGGAGCCGCGCGAGGCCACGAGAGCGAAGGGCCGCGAGAGGCCCAGGGGCCAGCGAGAGGCCAGCAAGGGGCCAGCGAGGGCCAGCGGAAAGGCCCCGAGGGGCCCGCGAGGGGGCCGCGAAGGGGCCCGCGGGGGCCCCGAGGGGGCCGCGGAGGCCAGCAAGGGGGGAGCAGGGGGGACGAGAGGCCACAGGGACCCGAGGGGCCGCGAGGGGCCCCCGAGAGGCCGCAGAGGGCCGCGAGGGACCCGCGAGAGGCCCGAGAGGCCGCGAGGCCACGAGGGGCCCGAAGGCCACGAGGACCCGAAAGGGCCCCAGAAGCCCCGAGGGGCCACGAAGGCAGCGGGGCCAGCGAAAACCACGGAGGGCCCCGGGGCCGCGAGGGCCAGCGGAGGCCAGCGAGGGGCCAGGGGAGGGCCGCGAGGGGGCCGAGGGACCCGCGAGAGGCCAGGGGGGCCACGAGAGGCCCAGGGGGCCCGCGGAGGCCAGCAGAGGGCCGCGAGGGCCAGCAGAGGCCAGCGGGGGCCGCGAGAGGCCCCAAGGGGGCCCGCGAGGGGGGCCCGCGGAGGCCGCGAGAGGAAAACGAGGGGGCCCGCGAGGGCCAGCGAGGGGGCCCCGAGGAGCCCGAGGGGCCCCCGAGGAGCCAGCAAAGGGGGCCGCGAAGGGCCGCGAGAGGGCCGCGAGGGGGAGCGAGAGGCAGCGAGGACCAGCGAGGGGGCCGCAGAUGCCAGCGAGGGGGCCCCGAGAGCCACGAGGGGCCACGAGAGGCCCCGGGGGCCAGCGGAGGGCCCGCGGGCCACGGGGCCAGCAGGGGCCCCGAGAGGCCCCGCGGGAGCCACGGGGGCCAGCGAGAGGCCAGCGAGGGGCCAGCGGGCCAGCGAGGAGCCCGAGGGGCCCGCGAGAGGGAAAACGGGGGCCCGCGGAGGCCCGCGAAGGCCAGCGAGGGCCAGGAGAGGCCCCCGGGGGCCCGAGGGCCCCGAGAGGGAGCGAGGACCCGCGAGGGGCCCCGAAGCCCCCGCGAGGGCCCGCGGGGCCAGCGAAGGGCCGCGGACCGCGGGAGCCAGCGAGGGGCCGCGAGAGGCACGGGGGGCCAGCGAGAGGGCCCGCGAGGGACCCGCGGGGGCCAGCGAGGGCCAGCGAGGAGCCCGCGGAAAGGGCCCGCGGAGGCCCCGGGGGGCCCGCGAAGGGGCCCGCAGGGCCAGCGAGGGGCAGCGAGAGGCCCGCGGAGGAAAGGGGGGGCCAGCGAGAGGGCCCGGGGGCCGCGGAGGGCCCGCGGGGCCGCGGAGGCCGCGAGGGCCCCGAGGGGGGGGCCCCAGAGGGCACGAGAGGAAACGAGGGGCCACGAGAGGCCCGCGAGGGGGGCCACGGAGGAAAGCGAGAGCCAGCAAAGGAAAGGGGGGCCCGCGAGGGGCCCGCGGGAUCGCAAGGGACCACGAGGAGCCCGCGAAGGCCCAGGAGCCCGAGAGGGCCAGCGAGAGGCCAGCGAAAGCCGCGAGGGGCCACGGGCCAGCAGAGGCCAGCGAAGCCCCAGAAGCCAGCGGGGGCAGCGGGGCCAGCGAGGGCCAGGAAGGGCCCCAGGGGCCAGCAGAGGCCAGGGAGGCCAGCGAGGGGCCCCGGAGGCCCGCGAGGGGCCCGAGAGGGCCCGCGAGGGGGCCCCGAGGAGCCGCGAGGGGGCCCGCAGAGGGCCCCGAGGGGGCCGCGAGAGCCCGCGAGAGGAAAGCGAGGGCACGAAGGGCCCGCGAAGCCGCGAGGGGGCCCGCGGAGGAAGCGAGGGGGCCCCGGAGGGCCCGAGGAGCCAGCGAGGGGCCACGAGAGGGCCCGCGAGGGGCCGCGAGGGGCCAGAGAGGCCCCAAGGACCAGCGAGGACCCGGGGCCCCGCGAGAGGCACGGGGGCCCGCGAGAGGCCAGCGAGGGACCCCGGGACCAGCGAGGACCGCGAGAGGCCACGAGAAACCCGCAAGGACCCCGGACCAGCGAGGGGCCAGCGAGAGGGCCCGCGAGAGCCAGCGAGAGCCAGCAGAGGCCAGCGAGGGGCCCGCGAGAGGGCCCCGAGGACCCGCGAGAGGGCCCCGGAGGCCAGCGAGGGCCACGAGAGGGCCCCGGGGCCACGAGGGGCCCGAGAGGCCCGCGAGAGGAAAACGGGGGCCCGCGAAGCCCAGGGGCCGCGAGGCCCCAGGGGGCCCCGAGAGGCCCGAGGGGGAGCGAGGGCCACGAGAUCAGCAGAGGAAAACGAGGCCGCGAGAGGGCCCCGAGGGGCCCGAGAGGAAAACGAAGGCCCCAGAGGAAAGCGAGGGCCGCGGGAGCCACGAAGGACCAGCAAGGAGCCAGCGAGGGACCCGCGAGGGGCCGCGAGAGGCCAGCGAGGAGCCCGGAGGCCAGCGAAGGCCAGCGAAAGCCGCGAGGGGACCGCGAGGACCAGCGAGACCCGCGAGAGGCCACGAGAAACCACGAAGGGGAGCGGGGCCCGGGCCCCGGAGCCACAGGGCCAGCAGAGGCCAGCGAGAGGGCCCGCGAGGGGGCCCGGAGAGGCCGCGAGGGUCCAGCAGAGGCCCGCGAGGGGGCCCGCAGGAGCAGCGAGGGCCCGCGAGAGGGCCGCGAGGGCCAGCGAGAGGCCCGCGAAGGAAAACGGGGGCCAGCGAGAGGCCCCGGGGGCCGCGGAGGGCCCCGAAGGCCCGCGGGGAAAAAGGGGAGGCCACGGAGGAAAACGAGGGGCCCUGA